AUGAUAAAAGGAGAAAAUCACACCACUUGGACCUAUUUUGUUUUGGAAGGAUUUUCUAAAUAUCCAAAGUUAGAGAUGGUUCUCUUUGCAUUUAGUCUGGUAAUGUACCUGAUCACACUUCUUGGGAACAGUACUCUUAUUGUAAUUAGUGUCCUGGAUUUUCACCUUCACACCCCCAUGUACUUCUUCCUAGGGAACCUUUCCUUCAUGGACAUCUGUUACACAUCGUCCUCUAUUCCCACUUUGCUAGUGAACUUGUUGGCCACAGAAAAAACGAUCAUCUUCUCGGGGUGUGUUGUGCAAAUGUAUCUCUCUCUAGCCAUGGGAUCCACAGAGUGUGUCUUCUUGGCCGUAAUGGCGUAUGACCGGUACGUGGCCAUCUGUAACCCCUUGCGAUACUCUAUUGUCAUGAACCAAAGGGUCUGUGUGCAGAUGGCAGCUGGGUCGUGGAUAACAGGUUGCCUCACAGCACUCUUAGAAACAAGCUCAGCGGUAUGGGUGCCUCUAUGUGGGAAUGUGAUUGAUCAUUUCACUUGUGAAAUUCUUGCCAUGCUGAAACUGGCCUGCAGCAGUUCCUUGCUCAUUGACAUGGUCAUGCUAGCGGUCAGUGUGCUUCUCCUUCCCAUUCCCAUGCUCUUAAUUUGUAUUUCCUAUUUUUUCAUCCUUUCUACUAUCUGGAGAAUUAACUCAGCUGAGGGAAGAAACAAAGCUUUUUCUACCUGUGGAGCCCACCUGACUGUGGUGAUUUUGUACUACGGGGCUGCCCUAUCCAUGUACCUCAAGCCCUCUUCAGCAAGCUCACAAGAAACAGACAAAGUCAUCUCCUUACUUUAUGGGGUGCUGACCCCCAUGCUGAAUCCCAUCAUCUACAGUCUGAGGAAUAAGGAGGUCAAAGAGGCUGCAAAAAAGCUACUGAGGAGAAAUUCUCCUUUGUCAAAAAAAUGA